AUGGCGGACAUGUUGAAUAACCCGUUCGCUCAGCUGGACGCGCAGAUCGAAGGCCUCCUGCGCGGCGAGCUCGUCCCCGAGGCGGACGUCAAGGUGAUCUGCGAAAAGACGAAAGAGGCGCUGAUGAGAGAGGAGAACGUCGUCCCGGUCGCCGCGCCCGUGACGGUCGUCGGCGACAUCCACGGCCAGUUCGCGGACCUGUGCGAGAUGAUGAAGAUCGGGGGGAAAGCCCCGGAUACCAACUACCUGUUCCUCGGCGACUACGUCGACCGAGGGUACGACUCGGUGGAGACGGUGUGCACGGUGAUGGCGAUGAAGGCGCGUUCUUCUAUCUCACACCGGUUCCCGUACGACCGCGUCGGCGUGGUGAACGCCGCGCGGUGGCCGGGACGCGUGACGUUACUCCGAGGAAACCACGAGUCGCGGCAGAUCACGCAGGUGUACGGGUUCUACGACGAGUGUCUUCGGAAGUACGGCAACGCGAACGUGUGGACGUACAUCACGGACGUGUUCGAUCACCUCCCUCUGGCGGCGACCAUCGACAACGAGAUCUUUUGCCCGCACGGCGGCUUGUCGCCGUCUCUGGACACGCUCGAUCACGUCCGCGAGCUCGCGCGGACGCAGGAGGUGCCACACGAGGGUCCGAUGUGCGACCUUCUGUGGAGCGACCCGGACGACCGGUGCGGGUGGGGGAUAUCCCCGCGAGGCGCGGGGUACACUUUUGGACAGGACAUCAGCGAGCAGUUUAAUCACGCCAACGGGUUGAAUCUCAUCGCGCGCGCGCACCAGCUCGUGCAGGAAGGGUACGAGUGGGCGCACGAGAAGUCCGUGGUGACGAUCUUUUCCGCGCCGAAUUACUGCUACAGGUGCGGGAACCAGGGCGCGAUCAUGGAGGUGGACGAGAACAUGAACCGGGAGUUUUUGCAGUACGAUCAGUUCCAACGAGCGGUGAACCCGGAGGCGCGAAGGAAGCAACAGAAGCUGCCGGAUUACUUCCUCUAG